AGCGCGGCAGUCGCUUCGCUAACAAGCUGCAGUUAUAAGACUUUGUCUCGCUCGCUGUCAGUGGACAGCAGCAUCUGUCGUCUGGGAAGCGAGCGAAUGAGGACGCAGGCGCGAUCACGGAAGAAACUGCUGCCUCACGAAGACAAACUUGACCUGUUCUUCCGUUGCUCCAGGCUAGGCUACACUGAGUGCUCUGAGCAUGGCAAGACUGGAGUCGGCCCAUUUGGGCAGCGUCACCGUAUCGAUGAACGUCAACGGAGCGGUUGCAGUCCCCGAGCUAUCCUUCGAUCCUCCGUCAACCUUCUCCCCGACCAGCUCCCUGGAUAGCGCCAUUGGAGACAGUCCCCGGCCCGCGGGCAGUUCCGGGAAAUACCUUACCUACGGCGGACCCGGAUUCUCGCUAGCGGGUUUCGACGCCGUGACUGGAAGCGUUGACCGCAUCCCCGUCCCUCUCCCGCUGUCGUACGCGGAGCUGGCGGAGUGCGUCGCCUUUCCGCAGUCGACCGUCCUCUGCGUGUCGGUAGUCGGAGAGACGCAAGUUUGGGUCGGCACGGAAGCCGGGAGCUUGCACGUAUUUGAGCUCGGUAGAAACCUCCGCUUCGCCUCUCAUUCAGUCACCACACUCGAUGGUUCUCUGCUGUGCAUAGCCUCACGACACCCGAAUGGAGCUGACAGCUCUGCUGGGGAGGACACGGGAUUGCAGCUGGCUCUGCGAAGUCUGAGAAUCGACGUCUUGUUGGGCUCAUCAAACGGAGCUGUGGCUAUCAUAUCAGGCGAGGCAGUGCCCAGUGGAGGUCUAAAAAAUCCCAACACUGCUCUGAGAAAACCGAGAAAAGUGAUCGACUUGGGCGAAAGGGAAGAAAGAGGGACAGAGGAGGGAGAAGGGGGAAGAAGGGUGAACUGUAUCGUUGCAGUGCAGACGGCAGAAGCAGGAGAGGUGUUUUGGUGUACCUAUGGAAGAGCGAUUGUGGUCAUCCAGAGAGAGGGGUGGGAGGAAACGGAUCGAUUUGACGGCGCUGUGGGCCACUCCAGUGACCAGAUAUCAGCGCCGAGAGACUCGGAGGUCAUCAGAUUGCUUCCAUCAGAGCACGGAGUGUGGAGUGCUCUUUCCCACUCGUCGACUAUAACUCUCUGGGACACGGAGCAAUUGGCCCCGAAGCUCACCAUAACCUGCUGCACAUUGUGUGAUGCGGACUUGGGCCUCCCAGCAGCAUCCACCCCAACUCUGCAGAUAACAUCCCUCCACUUCUCCUCUCCCUACCUCCUCGCGGGCACGUCUGAGAGCGACCUCCUUGUGUUCCGUCUCCACAAGAGAAACGGCUCUUCAGCAAGAACCAGCAGUGACGUAUCUUGUUCUGCGACAGGUGACAGUGGGUCACAGGCUCUGGGGUACAGAUUGGUGACCGCUGAGCACUGCAGUCAAGGUCCCGUUCUGGAUCUCUUCACCUGCCCACUCAGGACCCCAGACGAUGAGUGCCGGUCUCCAUUCCAUUCCAUGGUGACCACACCCACCUCUCUACAAGUUCUCGUAGUCUGCGGCCCGAAAACGACAUCGUCCGACGUCUCAUCGAGCACAAUAAUCUUCUUUGAACUUAUCCUCUCUCCCUCCCCCUCCCCGCUCACCAGUCCCCUACAGCUACCCACACCGACGAGACCCCUCUCAGGAUACGACAGACGCUGCUCUUCCGUCGUCAGCAACAGCUCCACUGCCUCCUCGACAACACUCCGUCGAAGAAGUCAUUUCGACGGCUCGCUACCAAAACUCUCUCUCUACUCAGUCUCUCCAUCAGCGCAUUCUCUCCUCCCGCUAAGAUCUUCAUGACGGCCGAGACAGAGAAUGUGUUUAUUUAUUUAUUAUUAAUCAGAAAGUACUAUCAUCACUUGCUCUCUCGUUUGUCUGUAAUGCAGUACAUCUGUCAAUUUUCGUGCAGUUUUAUUCAGUCAUAAAAAUGAUAAUUUUGUGUAUAAAAUAGCAUGAAGUGAGUGUCUGCUUGUUCUGUGGGGUCAACAUUUUUUACUCUGAUCAGAUCUUGUUGGUGAGGCUCUUUUUGUCUGUAGGGCAGAGUAUACGCUGCAUCACUAAAAACUUUCGCCACGGCAGAAAAGUUUUGAGAGUUGCACCUUUUCAUGAAAACCACAGUAUCG